AUGCGUCAUAUGUACGUCGAAUUCUUGAUAUUUUGGUUUUCAGAUGAGGCGGAAAAAUGGGAGAAGAUUACUUAUGCAGGCAUUGCUACAUGCACUGUUUACACAAUCUACAAUCUGUACAAGGGUAAUCUGACUCAUCCUCGUUACUACGAAGAGCCUCCCAAGUCAUACCGCAUUCAUAAAAAGGACUUUCCAUGGGGUCCAGAUCCCCUUAUAGAGCAUAUAAAGGAGGAGGAGGUAAAGAAACACAGAUAA